AAUAGGCACAAGAAAAGGGUUUGGGGUAGGGGGUGGGGUGUUCCCAACUUCCUCCUAGCUCCAUUGUGACCCUGAGGGCUUUUGAUUCCCCAGUGCUUGAUCCCAUUGUGCAAAGGAAUUGACUUUAAAUUGCCAAAGCUCCCGAAGGGAGGGGAAGGCGUUCAGAGCUCCUGGCGCUGGAAGGCUUGACAUCUGGGUCUUGGGUGGGGAGGGGGCGUGGUGCCCCGAGGGGAGUGGUGGGGGCUGGGAACAACAGGACACCUGGGCUUGCCUAGGGGAGGGGGACGUCGGCGCCCGUCGGGAGGCGCGGCCUGCGGGGAGGGAGUGGGGAGGAGUCUGGUUAAAAGCUGUUCCCGGGCCUGGCCCACCCGCCAGCCACAGACGCUGAGGCCAGGUGAGAGGGGCGGUGGCGGCCGGGCCCCGGGACUGCCCGGGACUGCUCGGAGGCCGGGCGCGCCUCGGCGGAAGGCGGGCUGGGCCGGCACCUGGCGGCAUCCGGGAGCGGCGAGCGCAGUGUGCGCGGUGCCGGGGUACCGGGCAGCGGGUCGGGCGCCGGCUCUCCAAAGUGCCUGGCUGGCUGGGAGCAGGGGCUCCGUUCUCAGGACUCUGAACUUGGGGACGACACCCACUUCUAUAAGGACACGAGGUCUCUGGAACGACUGCAGACUGGGAAGAGCCUUGCGUUUUAAGGACACCGCGUGUGGGCAUCGACGCUCCGCUUUGGAGGGGAGGGCGCGGAGGACGCCCUCGCAAGGCUUCCCUCCACCGCCCCCCCCCGCCCCCAUGGCCCUUCCUGGCCCUUCCCACGCCCAGGUCUGGAGCCUGGAGCCUCCUGCUCCCACGGCUCCUGCCAACCCGGCCUCGGGCUGCCCGGAGCGGGAGGGCGCCGGGAGCCCGGGGGCGUCCGGGGGGCUCCCCCUGGAGAAGGUGAAGCGGCCCAUGAACGCGUUCAUGGUGUGGAGCUCCGCGCAGCGCCGCCAGAUGGCGCAGCAGAACCCGAAGAUGCACAACUCGGAGAUCUCCAAGCGCCUGGGCGCGCAGUGGAAGCUGCUGGGCGAGGACGAGAAGCGGCCCUUCGUGGAAGAGGCCAAGCGGCUCCGGGCCCGGCACCUGCGCGACUACCCCGACUACAAGUACCGGCCUCGGCGCAAGGCCAAGAGCUCGGGCACCGGGCCGCCCCACUUCGGCCCGGGGAGCGGCGGCGUGGCUGCCGGCGGGCCGGUCUGGGGGCCCGGGUACGCGAGCACGCAGGGGAGCAGAAGCUUCGGGUACCAGCCGCCCAACUACUCCGCAGCCUACCUGCCCGGCGGAUACGGCUCUUCGCACUGCAAACCAGAGGCCUCCUCGCCGUGCUCCCUCCCUCAGAGUAACCCCAGGCUCCAGGGAGAGCUGCUCCCCCAGUACAACCCCUGCCUCCCCCCAAGCUCUCCCGCCCCGUACAGCCCUCCCCUGCUGGGGCCCCCCCUGCCCCUGACCCACCUCUAACCCUCGUGGACAUGGACCUCCCAGGAAGGGCUCCCCCUCCUUUGUCUU